AUGCAUGAACACAGUGUUGAAAAGACUCAAAUCUUACAAAAAUACCUUGAGUUGCCCCAAAACGGUAAGGUCAUCGCCGAGUACGUCUGGGUUGACGGUACUGGUAACCUACGUUCCAAGGCUAGAACUUUGAACAAAGUCAUAACGUCUAUUGAGCAACUGCCGGAGUGGAACUUUGACGGUUCUUCUACUAACCAAGCCCCAGGCUACGACUCAGACAUCUACUUGAAGCCAGUGGCGUUCUACCCUGAUCCAUUCAGAAGAGGUGACAACAUCACUGUCUUGGCUGAAUGUUUCAACAGUGACGGUACUCCAAACAAGUUCAACCACAGACAUGAGGCUAACAAGUUGUUCCAAGCACACAAGGACGAAGAGAUCUGGUUCGGUAUCGAGCAAGAAUACACUUUGUUCGACAUGUACGACAACGUCUACGCUUGGCCAAAGGGUGGUUACCCAGCCCCACAAGGUCCAUACUACUGUGGUGUUGGUGCCGGUAAGGUCUACGCCAGAGAUGUGAUCGAAGCCCACUACAGAGCCUGUCUAUACGCUGGUAUCAACAUCUCAGGUAUCAACGCCGAAGUGAUGCCUUCCCAAUGGGAAUUCCAAGUUGGUCCAUGUGAGGGUAUCUCCAUGGGUGACCAAUUGUGGAUGGCCAGAUACUUCUUGCACAGAGUGGCAGAAGAAUUCGGUGUCAAGAUUUCCUUCCAUCCAAAGCCUUUGAAGGGUGACUGGAAUGGUGCUGGUUGCCAUACUAACGUCUCUACAAAGGACAUGAGAGUGCCAGGUGGUAUGAAGUACAUCGAACAAGCCAUCGAAAAACUUUCAAAGAGACACAACGAACACAUCAAGCUAUAUGGUGCCGACAACGAACAAAGACUAACGGGUAGACACGAAACCGCCUCCAUGACAUCCUUCUCCAGUGGUGUCGCUAACAGAGGUGCUUCCAUCAGAAUACCUAGACCAGUCGCCAAGGAAGGAUUCGGUUACUUCGAAGACCGUAGACCAGCCUCCAACAUAGAUCCAUACUUGGUCACCGGUAUCAUGUGUGAGACUGUUUGUGGUGCCAUCGAAAACGCCAACAUGUCCAAGGAAUACGAAAGAGAAACUAACGAACAAUAA